UUUGGCUCAUAGCUUCGCAGCUCGGGCGCUUUGCAGCUCCCUUUCUUCCUUGGUUGUCUUUGUUGCUUUAUCGUUCUUGCUUUAGUUUCCUCUUCCCCACGCUUUUCCGAUGGCUUUGGCAGCGUUCAUCAACUCCCCCACCGGGCCUCUCACGACCCAUUUCUGGGGGCCUGUGGCCAAUUGGGGAUUGGCAGCCUCUGGCAUGUGCGCUGGUAGUAACAAGUGCCUUACUAGUAGUAACAGGUGCCACGCUACUAGGAACAAGUGCCUUACUACUAGUAACAUGUUGCAAAUCACAGCAAUGGCUUGAAAGCAAGAAACGUCUGCUUCCUUUCGAUGUAUUUCAACCACAAAGAUACCUCCUUCCAUCUCACAUCACAACCUUCUGGGUCAAACAAGCAUUAUGUGUGUUUCACAUGUCCAAACUGCCUGGUGUUGCUUCGACAAAUCGUGAGGUAUGAUGCUGCUCUCAAAGGGCCCGAGAUCAUCAAUGAGCGUAUGUCAGCAACGCAGGUGCCGCUACUAGGGGCUCCUGGCAUCGCUACUAGGAACAAUGAAGAACAUCCAUGGCCUUGCGACAACUCUCCGCAAACUUUUUCGAGCACACAGGUGGGCGGAGCAUAAGAUGGCUUCUGAGCCGGAAACUGGCCCAAGCACAGUGCGAAACGCUGGUUUGAUGGCAGCUGGUGCAGCAGCAGGCAUCGGAGCGAUGAUUGCUGCAAGCACGCCUCUCCAGAACAGCUUGAAGGGGGGCAGCGGAUUCUUGGCACGAAUGGCCACACACCCUGCUGGGCCUUUCUACAUUCACUUCUGGGCUCCUAACUUCAAGUGGGCACUCUCAAUCAACAAUCUCAUGGACUAUGAUCGGCCCACUGACAAGAUCAGCUUAUCAAUGACAAGUGCAUUGACCUUGACGGGUCUCAUUUUUAUGCGCUGGUCCUUCGUGAUUACGCCUGUGAACUACAGCCUUUUUGCUGUGAAUUGCGCGUUGUCAACCUCUUCCGGCUAUCUCCUCGCGCGGAAAGUGAAGGCAGAUUAUUUUGAAGCGGCAUGAUCUUUAAAGUGUAUAAUUUACAAGUUCAUUGUUUGGAAA